CGCAAAUAAAAACCGGCCGCCGCGCCGCGCCCGCGGCCAGCCUAGCCUGCUUUUUGUCUCCUUCCUCCCCGCGCCAGCCAACUCUCCUCUCCUCUCUCCCAGGAACAGAAGCCCCCGACACUCACUGACCCCUGCCCGCGCCGCAGUGAAUCCAAAAUAUCUCUUCCCCUCCUGCUGCCGUUCCUCCUCCACCCCGCGGUAACAAAUCCAUCCUCCCCCGGCGGCGGUAGAUCUCCUGCUCCUCCUCCUCCUCCUCCUCCUCCUCCUCUUCUCUCUUCCUUUUUCCGGAAACCCCCAAUUUAUCCCCCCCACGAGCCCCGCCGCAAUUCCGAAACCAGAUUAAAUCCACUUUCUCGGGCCUCUCUCCCUCUCUCCCCCCCUCUCUCUCUCCUUAUCUCGCCGUUCCAAUCUCGCUGGUGCUGCUGUUGAAUUCGGAGGGGUUUGUUGUUUAGGGUUUGUUUAAUUUGGUGGGGGGAGUGGGUGGCGGCCAUGGCGGUGGAGGAGGCGAGCAGCAGCGGCGGCGAGGAGGGGUCUGGGUCCGGGUCCGGGUCAGGGGGGUGGACGCGGGAGCAGGAGAAGGCGUUCGAGAACGCGGUGGCGGCGGCGGGGGAGGAGGCGCCGGAGGGGGACGCGGCGUGGGAGGAGAUGGCGGCCGCCGUCGAGGGGAAGACGGCGGAGGAGGUCCGGCGGCACUACGAGCUGCUCGUGGAGGACGUGGACGGGAUAGAGUCGGGCCGGGUGCCGCUGCUCGUGUACGCCGGCGACGCGGCCGCCGCAGAGGAAGGGGGCUCCGGAGGCGGUGGGGGUGGGAAGAAGGGCGGCGGCGGGGGAGGAGGGGGUCAUGGGGAGAAGGUGUCGGCGGCCAAGUCCGCCGAGCAGGAGCGCCGGAAGGGCAUCGCCUGGACCGAGGACGAGCACAGGAGAUGCGAUCAAGGUACUAGCAUCGCUGUCUUCUUCAUUAAGAGGAAGGUGGAUUCUAACCUGGGUGCUUGGUUGUUCCUUCUUGGACUUGAGAAGUAUGGCAAAGGUGACUGGAGGAGCAUCUCAAGAAACUUUGUGAUCUCAAGGACACCUACUCAAGUUGCUAGUCAUGCACAGAAGUAUUUUAUCCGCCUGAACUCAAUGAACAGAGAGAGGCGACGAUCGAGUAUACAUGACAUCACCAGUGUGAACAAUGGAGACACAUCAGCUGCCCAGGGGCCAAUCACAGGUACAAAUGGGCAGGUUGCAAACCCUGGGAAAUCCCCUAAGCAACCUCUACAGCCAGCAAAUCCGCCCCCAGGUGUCGAUGCCUAUGGUACAACAAUUGGGCAGCCAGUUGGUGGCCCCCUUGUGUCUGCCGUUGGCACUCCAGUUUCACUCCCUGUUCCUGCUCCGCCCCAUCUGGCCUAUGGCAUGCAUGCCCCUGUCCCAGGAACUGUAGUGCCCCGUGCUCCGAUAAACAUGCCCUACCCGAUGCCGCCCCCAUCAUCUCGAUGAUGGCCUCUUCCUGAAUAGACAUUGUUAAGCGCUGCUGGGCUUCCAGGCAAACUCAUAAUCUUCCCCAUGUUGUUCGAUCUUCCAGUGAAUGCUCUAUUAUGUCUCAAUAAAGGAAUGGACAAUAAACUCUUGUACAUUACAGAUGGUCGUUGAACGUAGCAUUUUGAGGACAUUACAGGGUAUGUACGUAUCAUGUUGCGUUCUAUUAUUCAGCUCCAGGCGUUUCAGUUGGGGGCUGCAUCUGAGCGUGGCGGUCCUCAGUCCUCACGUCUGAUCAGGUGGUUCAGUUAUCUUGUUUGAUGCAGGUACAGGAGAUUGAAACAUUGGUUGUUUGGUUUUUCUCCAAUAUGCAUUUAAAUGCAUGUAGCUAAUUAUAGCAGUGUACAUAUGUAUGAUUUAUGUGAUAUUUCUGGGUAAACAUUAAAUUGAGAGUUCUAGUUCUGGAGUAA